CGCUCCCCAGAGCGCGCGCAGUGCUGCGCGGAGUGUCGCUGGUCGAUCUGUUCGCGCGGCGCGUCGCGUCAGCCACCUGGUUCACCGUCGCCGAGCGCUGUCGCCGCCGUCGUUGCUCUGUCGUCAUUGUCCGCGUGUUGUCCACCGUCGACGGCACGACCCCCGGCCGUUAAACGCAUCCUCCGCAAGCCUGCGCGCGCCCACCACGUCGCCCACCGCCAUGGACGUUCUGCAGAGCGUCUCCCAAGAAGCGAUCUUCGUUAGCAUCGUGAUCGCCUACGUCAUUCUCGUGUUUGUCUUCGGCUUCAAGAACGCCGAGCAACCACCGUUCGCGAAGCUCUCCGCGGGCUCCGUCGUGAACCGGAAGCUCCCUAAGAAGCGCGUCAAGAAAGCCGCUAAUGGACAGGUCGCGACUGAGAAAACAAGUCCGGCUAAGAAAACUUCUGUCGCGAAGGCAGAAGCUCCGAAGAAAACCACCGUUGCAAAAGGAGACGACAUUGACGGGAAGUUAGUGGAGCGUAAGCAAGAGGAUAACAAGGCUGCGACAACUAAAAAGGAGAAGGAGCCGAACUCGGUUGGCAAGGCUGGCAAGGAGAACAAGACGGAGCAGGUGAAGAACAAGAAGAAUCUGAAGAACUUGUUCCAAGAGAGACCAGCGGACUUCGACGAUGGAGACUGGGAACAAGCCUACUCGCGCAAAGACAAGAAGAAUAAGAAGAAGGAGGAGGAGACUCCAUCGAAGAAGAGCAAGAAGACCCCUAAGAAGGCUGAUUUGAUAAAUGAAGCUAAGCAGAAAGAACAAGAGAAGCUUGAAAUCAAGGAUCUCAAGGAGAAUGAGAACAUGGAACUCAAGGAGAAGGACGUGAUCCUUACAUCUAUCUCCGACGAGGAGAUAGGCAAAGAGGAGGAACUGCAGAAGGAAGAGCAAGACAAGAUCGAGCAGGCCGAGAAAGCCGAAAAGACCGAGAAGACCGAGAAAGUCGAGAAAGAAGAGAAGAAAACCGCAAAGUCAAAGAAGAACAAGAAAGUAUCCGAUGAUGAGAAUACCUCCGCCUCGGUGCCGAGCACACCGAAAUCGGACAAUAAGUCUGCCGUGGAGGAGGAGGAGGAGGAGGAAGAAGAGGAGGAGGAGGAGGAGGAGCCGCCGCCGAAAAAACUCGUUAACAAUGCGGAAAAAGUGACGGAAAACAAUGCGGAGGAAAAUAAGGCGGCGCAAGAGAAAACCGCCGUGUUCGACGAGUUAGGAGACGUCUGGACAGAAGCGAAGCCGCAGAAGAAGAGCAAAAAGAAGGCUCGCAAGGAUAAUUGAGGAUGAUCGCCUGUAACACCAACGGACGUUGUUCCUUGCGAAGAGCAACAGAGUGAGAAUCCUACUCGGUCCAAAGGACGUUUGUCGCUUUCGACAAGUCAGGUGUGUUUCAAGUGACUUACUCUAAUCGACCACCUGAUUGAAUCGUUCCUUCCUGCCCCCCCCCCCCCNCCCCCUUCCUUGUACAUAACGCCAAUUGGACUAGGUUGUUGUUCGAUCAAUCUAUUUCUUAGUUAUCCUCGUGGCUUCGUUCGUAACGCGAGAGAAGUGAGUAGGCACGUAGGAUCGGACACUCUUUUAUAUGAUUUUAUCAUUCUCCCUUAGUACGUCAGUCAGCUGCCUUGCAUUUAACGAGAGAGAGAGAGAGAGAGAAAGAGAGAGAGAGAGAGAGAGAGAGAGAGAGUGGCGUGAGUCACAUCGUGGUUCUCGAUAACGGAUUAUUCUUGUAAACGUAUACACACAUAUAUAUAUAUAUAUAUAUAAAUUACGUUUCUUAGGCACCUUUUUACACACACAUGUCCAUAAUAGCGUUAUUAUUAUUAUGUCACUUGUAUAAUUAUAGUUCAGGGUGGAUCUGUAUUUAGGAGGAAAUCUUUCGUAACAGUUAGGAAUGGUACUUAUAUGCCAUUUACGUUCUUCUUAUCUCCUUUAUUUUUCUUUGUUUAUUUUUGUUGAGUAAUCUUGUAAGGAAUAUAUACUUUGUACAGUCGUAAGAUACAGAUUCUCUUUACGUUAAGUAAUAAGUAUAACACGUGGAGCGAUUUCGUGCGCAUUUGUCAUCGUUGUUACUUAAACAAUCAGUUUUAGUCGGCUCACAUCGGUACUUCACGUCGCAUUCGUGUGCGUAUCGAACGAUUGACGGCCAAAACUCCGAAAGUACAUCGUGUCUCAGAGAGAGAGAGAGAGAGAGGGAGAGAGAGAGAGUGAUAUUUAUAACGUAGGACAAUCCCCCGAGAAUGGUGAACGCUAUAUUGCUGAUGUACAUAGUCGCUUCCUGAUGUGAAAUGUCAUAUUUUUCUACGUGUAAUUAGUAGACCACAGCGACGAAUUAUUUUCUGCUUUGAACGCGCGCUCGAUAACGAUCAACGCCUCGAGUACAUCAGUAAUAUAAGUUUCUCGCGCGGAGCGGAUAAACAUCGCGCGAACCGACGACCAGGCCUCGUUAAGACACGCGACAUCGACGAGGUGGUGCAAGUCACCGCGACAAAUGUGAUAACGACGUUUGAAUGAACCAAGGUAGGUCCCGAUCUGUGAUGCCGAUGCACACUCGGGAUAUGUGUAUAUUUUUGCGCCCGUGGCGAUUGCGAUCAGGAAAACGAUCACGACGGUUCUCGUGUUCAUCAUUAAUUAGGACUAUCGAUUCGAACGUCCUCGAUUUGUACGUUCUCAAGACAGCUUUUGGCGUUCGCCCACGAUCGAGAGAGGUAAGGGCAACGUUUCUACAAAAUGCCGCGCGAAAGAGAGAUGCGACAUGACCACGGGCGCAGCAAUAUGGACGUUGUAAUUUAAGAGACGAGAAUUAUAAGAGAUGUAUCCUCCGAUAAAUCACGAUUAUCCUACGAACAACGAUUCGUUAGGUUUAACGUUGACGCCGUUGUACCGUGACUGUCUGUGAGGAGAAGAAAUUUAGUGACAGUUAGAGGGAUUCGUUCGAUGAGAAUUGAACGGGUGAAGAUAUCCUGAUAUUUUCGCAACGAUAUGCGUAGGAAAAACAUCACUGAUUUCUUGUUAAGUUUUCCACGACGAGAUAUGUAUUUUCGUUCUAUCAUAUUGUUGAUGGUGACACAACUGACGAUUUUACGCUCGCGAGCGUGACUGAGUGCUGGACACGUUGGCUAUCGCAUACAACAAUCGUUCGAAUCGCCAAUAUAUAUACAUCCACACAUAUAUACACACCUUCGACCACGUUCUCACGGUCACAGGCUAUGGUCAAGUCAAGGAAAAUAUUAUUGUGAUAAUGAUUAAACCUACAACAAUUACAGUGAAAACAAUAGAUCUCGUAAUUUCAGUUUCCGUUUCGCGUACGACUACAGAGGCGAAAAAGAGAGAAACGAGAGAGGACGAUUGAAGUUAUAUUUUUAUAUAUAACUUGUUGUGUACGACUGAAUUUUACGACACACACACACACAUA